AUGGUCUUCAGAGGCUUAACUCUGCAUCGCGCUAAGGGGAGCGGGCUCCCGAGUGACAGCCUGUUCCAGCCCAGCGGCAGCGCCUUACAGGACUGGCCUGACGUCAAGGGACAGUGCUUUGCCCUCCUGAGGGAAGUACUGGUGGCACAGGAGUUGCUGCUGGCCAGCCUCAGCCUUGCUGCUGUUGGUACCGAGGCCCUGGUCCUUUCUCACAACUUGUGCACAGUGUUAAAUGUUCCCCAUGACCCAGUGGCCUUGGAAGAGCACUUCAGGGAUGAUGAUGAAGGACCAGUUUCCAAUCAGGGUUACAUGCCUUAUCUAAACAAAUUCAUCUUGGAAAAGGUUCAAGGAAACUUUGACAAAGUUGAAUUCAACAGGAUGUGCUGGACUCUCUGUGCUAAAAAGAACCUCUCUAAAAGUCCCUUGCUGAUUAGUGAUGAAGAUGCAUUUAAAGUGUGGGUUAUUUUUAACUUCUUAUCAGAGGACAAAUACCCUUUAAUCAUUGUACCUGAGGAG